AUGAACUCUACAGAGCUCAAAACCGUUACUCCUAUCGAGGAUGUGCGCGAAGAUGUUGCAGACGGCGUUCCUAAUGAACCGCCGCAGCCGUUGUACAGUAUCUUAUCGGAAAAACAGAAGAUCUUUACAGUAUGCACCUGCUCCAUGGUGACGUUCCUGGCCCCGGUAGCGGCCAAUAUGUAUUUUCCUGCUCUUGGACCGCUGGCAAGAGAUAUGCAUGUGUCAAGCUCUAAAAUCAGUCUGACAAUCACUUCUUUCAAGAUUGUCCAAGGCGUUGCGCCCUUGCUAACUGCCAGUUUCUCCGAUCAAAAUGGACGGCGACCAGUCCUUCUGGCCUCUAUACUCGUCUUUAUCGGCAGUAAUAUUGGAUUAGCACUUCAGAGCAGCUAUGCAGCGCUGCUCGUUUUACGUUGUUUCCAAGCUUUGGGCAGCAGUAGUAUAUCGCUCAUUUCAAACGCCUCUGUCGCCGACGUGGUUCCCCGGGCAGAGCGAGGCAGAUACAUGUUCUAUUCCUCUCUUGGGAUGACCAUCGGCCCGGCGAUCGGGCCAACACUUGGAGGCAUUUUGACGCAAUUUCUUGGAUGGCGAAGUAUCUUCUGGUUCCUGUGUAUCUCUUCAGGGGUCAUGUUCUGCGCUAUCAUGCUAUUCCUUCGUGAGACUUGUCGAGCCAUAGUGGGCAACGGCAGUGUGUCUCCCCAGCCUUGGAACCGGUGUGCCCUACAGUUUCUCCACCAGGACAAGCAGCAGGCCCCAGAUUAUGAGACACAGGUGAUCACCAGACGCCGGCCAGGGGUUCUUGCCACGUUGGGAAUCCUACUAGACCGCCAUAUUAGCAUGCUUGUUCUUUGCAGCGCACUCUGCUUCUGCGGGACCUCAGCGAUACUGAGCAGUCUCCCCGUUCUCCUGGAGAGGAAGUACAGCCUCAACCCUUUGCAAAUUGGCCUGUGCUAUCUUCCCUACACGGCAGGGGGCAUUCUAACCCGCUGGAAUGUUGGAACCGUCGUUGAUCGAAAUUUCAAGCGCCAUGCGCAUAAAAUCGGAGAGGAGCUUCGAUCAAACCAGCAAACCCAACGACAGCUCCGGCGCAUGCCGCUAGAGAAGGUCCGCUUGGAGCUAGCGCUGCCAUUUUUAUAUCUUUCAUGUCUCUGCGUUAUAGGCUACGGUUGGAUCAUGUAUUAUGACGUACAUCUUGCCGGACCCCUGGUUUUGUUGUUUCUCUUUGGCAAUGCAACGACCGGGGUCAAUAACAGCAUAACCACGCUGGCGAUUGACCUGAAUGCCUAUCGUCCCGCUGCUACAAUGGCCGCUAUGAAUACUGUCAAGCACCUCACGGCAGCAGGAGCCGUUGCGGCGGCGGUGCCAUUGAUCGAUGCCAUUGGCAUUGGCUGGGUAGGGACGUUCAUCGCUGGAUUGUGGUUCCUUGCUUCGCCCAGUUUAUUGAUUUUAUAUUGGAAAGGACAGCGUUGGAGGCAAAGGGAGACUUCCGAGCAGGACUGA